AUGGACAAGAAGAUAAAAUCUGCUCAGCACAAAAAACUCGUCGCAGUGGAAAACAUUAAGGCGCUGGAACGCUUUAAGCAGAACUUCAAACCCGAAAAUGUAGGUGAAAUCCCGGAGGCUAUGGAGGGUUUGGAGCAACACAGACAGGACUUUUUUGCCGCGGUGGCAAAGCUGGAAGAGUAUGACGACACCAGUGAUGCGAUUCAAGUCUGUAUUACUGACAGGAUCGAUAUGGAAGAGCGCUGCCGGCGGCUAAAAUCGUUCCUUAGAGAAAACCAGCGGAAGGAAGCCAAUUCGCUCAACGACUCCUUAUUGGCAAACUCAACCCUAGCGUUUGGACGGCCAAACACAUCAAACAUACGUUUUCCCAAAAUCGAAUUACCAACGUUCGACGGUGAUUCGACAAAGUGGUUGUCAUUCCGCGAUCGCUUUGUCGCGAUGAUUGACGCAAGUGCCGAGCUGCCGCCAAUUGCAAAACUGCAGUACUUACUUUCGUCCCUGAAAGGUGACGCUGCGGUUCCCUUCGAACAUGUUACUCUGACCACGGAAAACUAUUCUGUUACCUGGGCUGCGCUGCUUAAGCGACACGACAACUCACGGAUGCUCAUUCGCGAGUACUGGCGACGGCUACAUUUCCUACCUGCGAUUGCAACAGAAAGUGUCGAUGGCUUGACGUCGUUGGUAGAUGAAUUCGUGCGAUAUGUGAAUGGGUUGCAGAAGCUGCAUGAACCUGUCGACUCAUGGGACACGCCUUUGUCCAACAUGUUGCUGAUGAAGCUGGACAAUGAGACCAUUCUGGCGUGGGAAAGGCAUUCUGUGCAUAAGAAAAAGGAUAAGUACAGCGAGUUGAUCGAAUUCCUGCAAGACCGAACCCAAAUCCUAAAAUCGAGCCAGAGUAUCUCGUGCGAUCGGAUUGUGGUUCCGAUCAAGGUGGCCGGGGCAUAUCGGCCCACCGCACCACGGCGGUCGGUAACCAACGCUGCUUCUGUGCAAAGGAAUACUCCCGUUUCAUCGACCAUUCAACAAGUGAGCUGUCCAUUGCAGUGUGCAGAUCAUCACCUGGUUCGAAAUUGCCCGGUAUUUUUAGCCAAAAAUACUCAGGAGCGGCGGGAAAUCGCACGGUCAAAGGGAUUGUGCUGGAAUUGUCUCAGUUGUUCCCAUCAAGUGAGAUCGUGCAAAUCCGAGUAUUCUUGCCGUUCGUGCAAGGAACGGCAUCAUACGCUGCUUCAUCAACCACCACAACAACCUACAGUCGCUUUGUCAGCCCAAUCAGAUGAUGAUAUGGUGUUUCUCGAGACGGCUAUUGUGUUUAUCGUAGACGAUUAUGGAGAGAAGCAUGAGGCACGGGCGCUUCUGGAUUCGGGCUCCAUGUCCAACUUCAUUUCGGAUACGUUAGCUCGGAAGCUCAUGACACCUCGAACGAGAGUUAAUGUAUCAGUGUCUGGCAUCGGAACUUCAAGGCAGCAGAUAAAGGGUUCGACCACGGCGAUCGUUCGUUCAAGGAACCUUCAAUUCACCACCCCAUUGGAGUUUCUGAUCCUGGAUACACCCUCGGCGGACAUUCCCACCUCACCAAUCAACGUGUCUUCGUGGAACAUCCCGGAUGUAACGCUAGCAGACCCCACGUAUCAUAUCCCAGGCAAGGUCGAUGUGGUCAUCGGUGGCGAUACGUUCUGGGAGCUGCAUACCGGACGUAAGCAAUCUCUCGGUUCGGGUCUGCCAUGGUUGGUAGAAACGCAGUUUGGAUGGGCGGUAGCAGGAAAUACAACGUAUUCGUCUCAACAACAUCGGGUGUGUAAUAUGGCAACGAGCGACAGUCCGUUGGAAGCCAUAUUGACGCGGUUCUGGGAGAGCGAGACCAUCUUCGACGAACCCGCUCUAUCUCUGGAGGAAGACAUGUGUGAACGUUAUUUCAUCUCUACUACAACCAGAGACCCAUCUGGCAGGAGAAUCGAAAGCAAUCGCUGA